GAAAAUGUCAAAAACUAUCCUUGACGUGGUUAGGGAAUGUGAUAAUUUUGUGUCGGAUGAUGAACCUGUAUCUCAGUCAGAAGUUCUGGGAAACUGCUAUACCUUCGGAGUAAAUGGUUACAGUGCUGUAUUAGGAUAUAUUCUCCGCGAAAUUGUUGAAAAGAUCCAGUGGUCCGACUUAUGGGCAAUCGAUCAUCACCAACGCACUGUGACUCUAGCGACGCCGGCCGGAGCAACAACCGAUAUCCGCUCUCGCGUGCUGGAGGACACUCUCAAAGCCACCAGAAAGCUUGGUAUUAUAUCAAUGCUUGAGAGCUGGCGAGAUGAAAAAUUCCCAGUAUACGGCCCUGAAGGAGAAGUUCUGCUUAAGAUAGAGCGUUGUGCAACAGCCUUAUUCGGGAUUGUGACCUACGGUGUCCAGCUCCUUUGUUAUGUGAGGGGCGAACAAGGCCUUCAAUUAUGGAUCGGCAAAAGAUCAGAGCGCAAACAAACUUAUCCCGGUAUGCUCGAUACCACUGCUGCCGGCGGCCUCGUUGCUGGAAAGCUCCCGAUUGAAGCCCUCAUAUGCGAAGCACAAGAGGAGGCGUCCUUACCGGAAGAAUUGGUGAGGGAGAUGGUCAAACCAAUGAGCCACCUCACUUAUUUCCACGUCCGUGGGAGCAAAGCUGGAGGGGAGGUCGGCCUAUUUCAACCCGAAGUAGAGUAUACAUACGAACUCGAAUUGGAUCCAAGCAUGACCCCAGAGCCGAGGGACUCCGAAGUCGAGGGUUUCAGCUUAUACACCGUCGAGGAAGUGCUGCGUGCUUUGAAAGAGGGACAGUUCAAGCCGAAUAGUGCUAUUGUCAUUGUUGAAUUCCUCAUUUUGCAUGGGAUCCUCCGAGCCGAAAAUGAGCCGGGCUACGCUGAAAUCUUGUUGCAUUUACAUCGUGAGCUAGAGUUACCUCUCCUAAUUCUGCCGUCGAAUUGA